AUGCAAGAAGCUACUAGUGUAAUUUCACAAAUGCGUUUUCCACAAAAGCUUUGGUAUUUGCUUGAUUUACAUACCGAUGCUAUUUUAUGGGGUGGUACCGGAAGAACUAUUCUACUAAAUUAUAGAGUUCUUCACAAUUAUCUACAAUGUGAUCACUCUAUUUUUAAAACGACAAAUAUUUCAAGUUUCAUAAGACAGUUAAACUUAUAUGGUUUCCGAAAAGUGACGUCUCAUCUUCAGGAUCCCCUCUGCAAUUCCAGUAACCCUUACAUGCACGAAUACACACACGAUUAUUUUCAAUACGGCAGACCAGAGUUAUUAAAUAAAAUAACAAGAAAAGCUUUGACAAUGAAAAGGAGUUUCAAAACUAAGCCUUUCGAGACUAAUGAGCAAUUGUUAUAUAUAUCACCAUUACAAAAAGCACGUCGUGCUUUACGUAUUGCAUUGAAGAAAGCUGCCCAGGAUUUACUUGUGCUAGAUUCAUCAAAAACAGACAGCAACCCUGAUUAUGAAGUUCAAGAUGCACCUGAUGAUUAUUGUGAAGAGGAAGACAAUAUAGAACUGGAUUGGCUCAUACCAAAAUCUCAGGAAGAUCAGAAGCAGAUAACUGUACCAGAUCCUGUUCAACCGUCCCAAGAGGAGAAUACCAAUGAUAUACAAUAUAGUGACCUGAAGGAUUCAUCACAAGAUAGUCUCAUAGACUUUUCGGACACUUGUAAUCAGAAUCACGAUUCAUUCCCGGGACAAUUUCUCAGUAUGCCGGACCUUGAUUCUGAUACAAAUGCUGCAAAUUGUGGUGUUCAGUUGCUAGCUGAAUUCAAUAUAGGGCAAGAUUCUGAGCAGGACAUUGCAAGAAUGAGUGAGAAGAUCAAAAAUCACUCUUUGAAUUGCGUUUUACCGUCAGUCAGCAAUGAUUCUAAUGAUGACAAUCCUAUGAAUGAUAAGCACAAUGAAAACACAAAUCUCUAUCAUGGCGAAUGGGACCAAAUGUUUAAUGACAUUAUGACUAACAAGGCUUCCAGUCAAGAAGGGGUGUCCAAUUUGAGAGAAUUGUAUUCUCAAAUAUCUCAAACAAUUGACUUGUUAAAUUCUUAA